GUUCACGCGUGGGAGAUCUCAGACCAAUUGCUGCAGAUCCGGCAGGAUGUGGAAUCGUGCUAUUUCGCAGCACAGACCAUGAAGAUGAAGAUUCAGACUUCCUUCUAUGAACUCCCCACAGACUCGCAUGCUUCGUUACGGGACUCGUUGCUGUCCCACAUCCAGAACUUGAAAGACCUAUCACCUGUCAUCGUAACCCAGCUUGCAUUAGCAAUAGCAGACCUUGCCCUGCAAAUGGCUUCUUGGAAAGGCUGCGUACAAACACUGGUUGAAAAGUACAGUAAUGAUGUUACAUCACUGCCCUUUUUGCUGGAAAUCCUCACGGUGCUGCCAGAGGAGGUUCACAGCCGAUCCUUGCGCAUUGGAGCCAACCGCCGUACUGAAAUCAUAGAGGAUCUGGCUUACUAUUCCAGCACGGUCAUCUCCCUGCUGAUGACGUGCGUGGAGAAAGCAGGCAACGAUGAGAAGAUGCUCAUCAAAAUCUUCCGGUGCUUGGGGAGCUGGUUCAACCUCGGUGUUCUGGAUAGCACCUUCAUGGCAAACAGCAAGUUACUGUCACUCCUCUUCGAGGUGCUGCAACAAGACAAGACAUCAUCAAACCUCCAUGAAGCUGCUUCGGACUGUGUGUGCUCAGCGCUCUAUGCCAUCGAGAACGUGGAGACAAACCUGCCCCUGGCCUUGCAGCUUUUCCAGGGCGUCCUCACUCUCGAGACUGCCUAUCAUAUGGCUGUAGCACGGGAGGACUUGGACAAGGUGCUCAAUUAUUGCCGUGUUUUCACUGAGCUUUGCGAGACGUUCCUAGAUAAGAUAGUUUGCACGCCAGGCCAAGGGCUAGGUGACCUGCGGACGCUGGAGCUGUUGCUGAUAUGUGCAGGUCACCCGCAGUAUGAGGUAGUAGAAAUUUCCUUUAACUUCUGGUACAGACUGGGGGAGCACCUGUACAAGACAGAUGAUGCAGUCAUCCACAGCAUCUUCAAAGCCUACAUACAGCGGCUUCUGCAUGCUCUGGCCAGACACUGUCAGCUUGACUCGGACCACGAGGGUGUCCCAGAGGAGACGGAUGACUUUGGGGAGUUCCGGAUGCGGGUCUCGGACCUGGUGAAAGACCUGAUCUUCCUAGUGGGAUCGGUGGAAUGUUUUGCUCAGCUUUAUGCGACUUUGAAGGAUGGGAAUCCACCCUGGGAGGUGACUGAAGCUGUCCUCUUCAUCAUGGCUUCUAUAGCUAAGAGUGUUGACCAAGAGAACAACCCAACCCUGGUGGAGGUGCUGGAGGGGGUGGUGCGCCUCCCUGAGACGGUGCACACGGCCGUCCGCUACACCAGCAUCGAGCUGGUUGGAGAGAUGAGUGAGGUCGUGGACAGAAACCCUCAGUUCCUGGAUCCUGUGCUGGGUUACUUGAUGAAGGGUCUGUGUGACAGGCGGCUGGCCUCGGCUGCUGCCAAGGCCAUUCACAAUAUCUGCUCGGUAUGCCGGGACCAUAUGGCUCAGCACUUUAACGGGCUGCUAGAGAUAGCCCGUUCCCUUGACUCCUUCACGCUCUCUCCAGAGGCUGCUGUGGGACUCCUUAAGGGGACAGCGUUGGUCCUCGCCAGGCUCCCCUUAGAGAAGAUAGCAGAAUGCCUCAGUGAACUCUGUGCCGUACAAGUGAUGGCACUGAAGAAGCUGCUCUCUCAGGAGCCAAGCAAUGGCCUCUCCUCAGACCCUACUGUGCCCCUGGAUCGACUCGCUGUCAUAUUUAGACAUACCAAUCCCAUUGUAGAAAAUGGACAGAUCCAUCCGUGCCAAAAAGUCAUUCAGGAAAUCUGGCCCGUGCUGUCAGAGACCCUGAACAAACACAGUGCCGAUAACCGCAUCGUGGAACGUUGCUGCCGAUGCCUGCGCUUUGCUGUCCGCUGCGUAGGCAAAGGAUCCGCUGCCCUGCUGCAGCCGCUAGUCACACAGAUGGUGAAUGUGUACCGGGCGCACCAGCACUCCUGCUUCCUCUACCUGGGCAGCAUCCUGGUGGAUGAGUACGGCAUGGAGGAGGGUUGCCGGCAGGGGCUGCUAGACAUGCUUCAGGCACUAUGCAUACCUACCUUCCAACUCCUAGAGCAGCCCAAUGGCCUUCAGAACCACCCCGACACCGUGGAUGACCUCUUCCGACUAGCAACCAGGUUUAUCCAGCGCAGCCCCGUCACCUUGCUACGCAGCCAGGUGAUGAUCCCCAUCCUGCAGUGGGCCAUAGCCGCCACCACCCUCGACCACCGGGACGCCAACUGCAGCGUCAUGAAGUUUCUACGCGACCUCAUCCACACCGGGGUGGCCAAUGACCAUGAGGAGGACUUCGAAGUGCGGAAGGAGCUCAUCGGCCAGGUGAUGAACCAGCUGGGCCAGCAGCUCGUCAACCAGCUGCUGCACACGUGCUGCUUCUGCCUGCCACCGUACACCCUGCCCGACGUCGCCGAGGUGCUCUGGGAGAUCAUGCAGAUUGACAGGCCGACGUUUUGUCGCUGGCUAGAGAAUUCACUGAAGGGUUUACCAAAGGAGACAACGGGGGGAGCCAUCCAAGUCACACACAAACAGCUUACAGACUUCCACAAGCAGGUCACAAGGUGAGCAAACGCGCCCGCAUGCCAGAGCGGGGCAGGGUGUGAGCCUGCGAGCCGGGAGCGUGUGCUGCGUCUGCGUGGGCAGCAGGGAGCCGGGACAGUGAUGGGGGCGACGUGCAGCCACCUGCGGCAGCGUGUCUCGCUCGCAGGCCUGUCUGGGAUGCGGUCUUUGGACCCUGGCUCCAAAACACUGGCAGCUCUGCUCCAGGGCUCUGCUGGUUGUGGCUUUGGGGCGCUCUUCAAGAAAUUUGCUGCAGGCAACUAGACGGUAGUGACUUCUGAUUUGAGUCUCGAGCUUUCUGCUCAGCUCCUGAGCCUCUCUCAGUCUUCGGGAGGGUUUGGGGAGUGACUGUGCUGUCUGUCCUCACGCAGCUGCAGCCUGAGCUAGCCUCUACAUCCUUUCCAGGCUGUUUUGACCUGUUAGCAGGGCUGAACCACAUCCCCUUUGAGUGAGCUUCCUCUUGCAAACUGACAGCAGUGCGUGAACAGCUGUAGCAGCCAUUUCAGCUUGGCAGCUGGUGUCUGGCUGCUCCUGUCACCGCACCUCACUCUGGUUCCCUAUGACCGUCCUCCACAAAACCCCGCGAAGCUUUCGGACCUUUCCGCUGAGCUCCGUGCCCUUUGCUGUGUUCCUCGCAAAGACCCUGCUGCACUCAAGGCGAAAGCUGGUGGCCUGUGAAGCUCGGUCCUACCUGCUACUUGCCGUGGGUUGUCCUCCCUGAGCACUAAACCGGCUCUGCGAGAGCCUAGUGCAUUGGUGGGACGUCCAGCUGCAGCCCCUGCCCAGCACCCUCAGAUGGGUUUGCACGGCUGUCUAAUUCAGGGUGUCCCCAGUAUGACCCACGGUGCCUCUGCCUGUGACCCAGGGCUCCGGAAAGCCUUGCUGAGGAGGGCUGCCGUUUGUCUUUUCCAUCCCUAAACAGGUUUUUCUUCUCUUGCGUGAGCCCUGCUA